AUGCCUGGCACCUUCGACGUCGAUCAUGUGCUGUCAAAGCUUAGUGACAAAGAGAAAGUCGCUCUGCUCUCUGGAAUCGACUUUUGGCACACUUACCCUUUGCCGGAACAUGGAGUCCCUUCAAUCCGCUUGUCGGACGGCCCUAAUGGAGUCAGAGGAACUCGUUUCUUCAACAGUGUACCGUCUGCUUGUUUCCCGUGCGGUACUGCAUUGGCAGCCACUUUCGAUCAAACCUUAGCAGCUGACGCUGGCCGCUUGAUGGCCAUGGAAGCUCACGCCAAGGGGGCCCAUGUGCUGCUUGGUCCCACGAUCAACAUGCAACGUAGUCCGCUUGGCGGUCGAGGUUUCGAGUCGUUCAGCGAAGACCCUCUGCUGUCAGGUCUACUUGCGGCUGCCGUCGUCAAUGGCAUCCAGACUGAACCUUACGGUAUCGCUGCUACCUUGAAACACUUUGUCUGCAACGACCAAGAACAUGAGCGCAACAAGGUCAACUCUAUCGUUACCGACCGAGCCCUCAGGGAAAUAUACUUGCUCCCUUUUCAGAUCGCCAUCCGUGAUGCCAAGCCUCGCGCAAUCAUGACUGCCUAUAACAAGAUAAACGGCAUUCAUGUCAGCGAAGACCCAAAGUUCCUUGAACAGAUCCUCCGGCAAGAAUGGGACUGGAAAGGGCUUAUCAUGAGUGACUGGUUUGGGACCUAUUCUACUGCCGAAGCUAUAAAUGCAGGUCUUGACCUUGAGAUGCCGGGACCUACUCGUUGGAGAGGCGAAGCUGCCGCUCUUGCAAGCGCAACCAACAAGCUCUUACCUACUGCCUUAAACGACCGCGCCCGCGAAGUGCUCCAGCUCGUCAAAGACUCCGCAAAAUCAUGCAUCCCCGAAAAUGCACCAGAAUCGACUGACAACAACACUGCGGAGACCGCAGCACUCUUAAGACGAUUAGCGUCCGAGUCGGUCGUUCUUCUGAAAAACGACCAAAGCAUUCUGCCCCUGUCAAAGGACAAAAAGACCUUGAUCAUCGGACCUAAUGCAGAGGUAGCGCGCUUCUGUGGCGGCGGUUCAGCUGCAUUGAGACCAUAUUAUGCCGUGUCUCCCCUUGAGGGAAUCAAGAGCAAGAUCGGCAGCGAAAACGUUUCCUACACACUUGGUACCUAUGCUCACAAUGAGCUGCCAGAUCUUGGCACGACGUUAUCUCCAACUCAGGACAGCACUACCAGAGGUGUCCGAUUUUUGGCUUACAAUCAACCGCCGGAGACUCCAGGCCGCCAAUGCGUAGAUGAUCUUGUUUUUGAGACAUCCAGCAUGAUGUUCAUGGACUAUAAGAACUCACAGAUAAAGGACAAGUUAUGGUAUGCGGAUAUCGAGGGCUUCUACCAGGCGGAUCGUGACGGCUUCUUCGAGAUCGGCGUUUGCGUCUACGGCUCCGCCAAAGUCCUUGUCAAUGGUGAGUUGAUUGUUGACCUCACUGAACGUCAACAGCAAGGUUCGGCUUUCCUUGGAUGUGGGACAGCAGAGACAAAGGGGCUUGUCCCGAUGAAGAAAGAUCAAACUUACCACAUCAAACUCGAGUUCGCCAGUGCCCCAACAAGCAAGUUGAAACCUGCUGGAGUGGUUUUCGGUGGCGGAGCUGUUCGCAUUGGCGGGGCGUGGCAGAUUGACAAGGAUGCAGAGAUACGCAAUGCCGCAGAUUUGGCAAGAAGCACCGAUCAGGUGGUACUUUGCAUCGGACUCAACAUGGACUGGGAAGGUGAAGGGUUUGACAGGGAACAUAUGGGGCUUCCUCCUUUCACCGACCGCCUGACAGAAGCAAUCUUGGAAGCAAACCCUUCGACAGUCGUCGUUCUGCAAUCCGGUACUCCUGUAGCAUUGCCAUGGAUCGAGAAAGCAUCCACCAUUCUUCAAGCUUGGUACGGCGGCAAUGAGACAGGCAACGGCAUUGCAGAUGUUCUCUUCGGGGACGUAAACCCAAGUGGAAAACUCCCUCUGAGCUGGCCGAGACGCGACCAGGACACUCCAACUUAUGGUAACUUCCGUAGCGAGGCAGGACGCGUUCUAUACGGCGAGGACAUCUACAUGGGCUAUCGCUGGUACGAUUUGCGUGACUUGGACGUGGAAUUCCCAUUCGGUCACGGUUUGAGCUAUACCACUUUCCUGUUCAAAGACCUCAAGAUUUGCAAGGACUAUGAGACACUUGAGGUAUCGCUGACUGUCAGCAACACUGGGACCGUUUCUGGUGCCGAAGUGAUUCAGGUUUACGUCAGCCAGAAGAAUCCAUCCAUCAAACGUCCAGUCAAGGAACUGAAGGGGGUGACCAAGAUUUUCCUCGAUAAAGGGGAAAGUCAGACGGUCACAAUAAGUAUACCGCUCAAAUAUGCGUGUGGAUUUUAUGAUGAAUGGAUCGGUAGCUGGGUAUGCGAGAAGGACACAUUCAAGGUCUGGGUGGCUCCUAGCAGCGACAGUGCUUCAGACAGAGCAUUGAGUGCUGACUUUGCCCUUGACCACGCGUUCACCUGGAAAGGUGUGUAA